CAACUUCUUGCUCAGCUUCUUGCGCCCUAGUAAAUUCAGCCAACUUCGGGCGCAGGAGAAACUUGACAAUUACUACACCAUGCGGUCCGUACCAGAUAAAGGUGUGCCUGAAUGGUUUGAAAACCUUGACCCAGCCGAUCCCAAGCUCAUAGAACUGUUAGAGAUGAAAGUUCUCUUUCCAUUACCUGGGCGUGACGACAAAGGGCGAAAGGUGGUGAUCACUACGAUGUCCUACGACCCGGCCAGACCUAACGUCAUCGUGGAUAUGUGUAGGCUGAUCAUACUCACCCUGGAUAUAUUACUGAAGGACGAAAAAACCCAGGUUUACGGCCUAGUGGACUUCACGGACUGUACUGACCUGUCUGUCGGCCACCUGACCCAGUGGACCAGAGAUCUUAUAGCGAAAUCGGUGAAAGUGUUUCAGGACGCCUAUCCAAUACGAUGGAAAAGUUCCAACUACUACAACACACCUGUUAUCUUCAAUGCUACAUGGGAGAUCUGCAAACUCUUCAUGAAGGAAAAGUUUGUAAAUCGGACUCACUUUCACUGGGGUAGUCUUGACUCUGUUUAUAAGGAGAUCCCAAAGCGAAUGCUACCCGAGGAAUACGGUGGCGAGGCGGGGCCAAUGGAAGACAUAAUACAAAACUGGAAGGAAGAAAUGCUCUCAUACCGGGACGAGAUAUUGAAAGACGCUGAAUACGGCAUUGAUGAGGAAAAACGACCCAAACCGACAGAAACAGCUAACGAUGGCGAAUGGGGUAUUAUGGGAUCGUUCCGAAGAUUGACGACGGCUGACUAAGACCACGUGCUGCAUGCAGAUAAAUGCCAACACAUUAAUAAACAAACCCUGUGGCCUGACGUGCAGUAGACUUUUAGAAUGCAUUGGUGUUUUUUAAGUUUC